AUGAUCGCUGAAAUCAGUCCUGUAGUAGAGGAGGUUCAGGUACAGCCUCUAGCGAGUGAAAUUCAGGAAGCCAAAGCUGAAGUGAAGGUAGAACAAUCUCAGCUGAAGGAAGCGAAGGAGGAUCAGCCUGAAUUGAAGGCUGCUCUUCCUGAAGUGAUCAGUGUUCUCCCAGAAACGAUAGAACCACAAGUUGCGGUACAGGAACCUGAAGUAAUACAGGCAGAAGCAGUGCCUGAAGCACAGGCCGAGGCGAAGAUAGACGAGAAGGAAACAACGCAAGAGAAAAGGAAAAGAACGAAAGAAGCGAAAGCAGAGAACAGAAGGAACGACAUAAGAGCAGAAGAAGCGAAAGCAAAGAACAAAGGAGACGACAACAGAAGAACAGAAAGAAGCGAAGUAGAAGAACAGAAGGAAACGACAACAGUAGAACAGAAAGAAGCGAAAGUGGACGCCCUCAAGAAGGAAAUCAACAAGGCAAAGUCGACGUCGGCGGAGGGAGGAGAGACAGCCGAGCAAGGGAAGGGCGGAGAGCAAGAACAUGCAGAGGAAGUUCAAGCUGAAGAAAAAGCCAGAGCUGAGGAAGUCAAAGUAGAAGAACAAACGAAGUCUGAAGAAGUUCUGGCCGAAGAAACAACCACAGCUGAGGAAGCGAAAGUCGAGGAACUAAAUAAACCUGGGGAAGAAAAGGUUGAAGAACAGGUGAAACUGAAGAAGCAGAACAAGUGGAAGCAAGAAGUGAACACAUUGCUGAAGAACUUCAGACUGGAAGGUAUUCGAACCGCGCUCGAGAGUGUUAUUUGCAACCUUCCAGACUCUUCCACUUCCUCCUCAUCCUGCACCGCUAACACCGCUGGGCCAGCUGCAUCUGCAUCUGCAUCUUCUACCACCUCUGCACCCGCCGCUAACAACGGUAACAGUGUGGAUGGCUUGCCCCCGCCCACUAACACACAGGCCACGCCCUCUAACAUAACUGACCAAGGUGGCGCCGAGGUAAAGGAGGGAGAGAAGGACGGCGUCCCUGCCCCGUCGAGUCCACCUGUUGUAGCCACGCCCCCUAGAACAUCCCUGAGUGCGUUUGAUGAUAACUUUGAUAACCGUGUUAGUUGUGUUAGUGAUACUAGCGAAGCCUCUGGACCCCCUAGCCUUCCCGCCGAGCUAAAACCCCUUCCCCGAAACCCCCCCGACAGCCCGGAGCCCCCUGGUCUGAGUGGUGACCCCCAUUCUCCUUCCACCACUCAGAUUGACACUAUCCUAACCCGUGGUGAAACCCUUAGAACAAACCCCCCUGAAGCCUCACACCAUUCACACAGUUGCACGGAAGCUUUGGACACCCUGGUGAGUAGAACGACUCCUCUUAGUGAAGCUUCAUUUACACUUCCACAGAACACAGACUUAAUCAGAGACUCGACUGGCACUGACAGUGAGGCGUUAGUUAACAUCAGUCACACGACAGUUUCAGUUAGAGAAACCCCAUAUAGUGUUAGUGAAACCUCAAACGAAAAUAUUAAGAAUGAUAGGCUAGGUGUAGCUAGUGAAACCCCAAACACAAGUAGAGAGAGUUCAGACACUCUUUCAGAAUACCCAGGCACUCUGACAGUAGCUAUUUACACUGAAACCCCGCACACCAUUCUUAAAACCUUCGAUACAACAGACACUGGCCCUGAAAUUGUUGACACUGUUAAUGAACCCCCACGCACUGACAAUAAACCUCCUGAAAUUGAUAAUGAAACUUCAAUAACUGUCAGUGAAGACCAGGACACAUUAAAAUUUCAGGGCGCCGUAAAUAAAACACAAGACGCUGUUGGAGUAACUGACGACAGAGGUACUGCAGUAACCCUAGACGGUGCUGAAAGCGAAACUCAAGAUAUUACUGGAAUAAACUCGGUAGACAACCAAGCCUUAGACAGUGUAAGGGAGGACAGAUAUUUUGAUAGUGAGGCUACAGAGACUAUUAGUGAAAAAACAGACACCGCUAAAGAAACCACAGACGCUGUUAGAGAAUCCACAGAUACUGUUAGUGAAUCUGUAGAUAUAGUUACAGAAAUCGCAGACACUGUUAGAGAAACCACAGACACUGUUUUAGAAAUUACAGACACAGUUAGAGAGUCAACAAACACUGUUAGUGAAGCUACAGAUGCUGCUACUGAACACACGGGCACUGCUUGUGUAGCCACAGAGACACUGCUAUUGGAUUCACAGACACUGCUAGAGAAACUACAGACAUUGUUACAGAAACCACAGACACUGCUAAAGAAACCACAGACACUGUUAGUGAGACCACAGAUCCUGUUAGAGAAACCACAGACACUGCUAGAGAAACUACAGACACUGCUAGAGAAACUACAGAUCCUGUUAGAGAAACCACAGACACUGCUAGAGAAACAACAGACACUGCUAGAGAAACCACAGAUACUAUUAGAAAUUAGGGGAACCACAGACACUGCUAGAGAAACCACAGACACUGUAAGUGAUACCACAUACGCUGUUAAGGAAACCACAGACACUGUUACAGAAACCACAAACACUGUUAGAGAAAACGCAGACUCUGUCAGUAAAACCAAAGACACUAUUAGUAAUGAAACCACAGACGCUGUCAAGGAAACUACUACAGAUAUUGCCAGUGAAACUAUAGAUAAAGGCAAAAAUACCAUCGACACCGAUUUUGAAACCAUAGAGACUGUUAUUGGACUCACAGACACUGACAAAGAAACUACAGACACUGGUACAGAAACCACAGACACUGUUAGGGAAACCACAGACGCUGUUAGUGAAACCACAGACGCUGUUAGUGAAACCACAGACGCUGUUAAGGAAACCACAGACACUGUUAGACAAUCCACAGAAAUAACCAGUGGAGCCACAGACACAGUUAGUAAUACCACAGACACUAUUAGUGAAACCACAGUCACUGUCAGUGAAACCGACGUUGAUAGAGAAUCAACAGACGCUGUUAUCGAAACCACAGACACAAACAGCGAAGCCAUUGACACAAUUAGAGACAACACUGUUAGUGCAACCACAGUUAGUAGAACCACAGACACUGUUAGAGAAAAGGGAGACACUGUUAAAGAAAUCACAGGAACUGUUACUGAGACCACAGACGCUGAUGGAGAAACCACAGACAUUGAACAUCGAGUCGCCGUUAGGAAAGCGACGGACACUGUAGGCCGAUCCCCAGACCUUGUUAGAGAAACCACAUUCACUGUUAGCGAAGCCUCAAACACUGUUAAUAGAACAGGCACAGACAGAGUAGAUCUUGAUUGUAAAAACUCGGCUACUGUUAGUGAAACCUCAGGCACUCUGGGGAAAGUGCCAAACACUGUUAGUGAAACCUCAGGCACUCUGGGGAAAGUGCCAAACACUGUUAGUGAAACCCCGGAGUUUGAAAUCCAAGACGCGGUUAGUGAAUCCACAGAAUUUGAAACGCUAGAUACCCUUAGUGAAACCCCAGAUUUUGAAACGUUGGACAAUGUUAGUGAAUUUACAGAUUAUGAAACACUAGACACCCUUAGUGAAACGACGGAAUUUGAAACCCUUGACAAUUUUAGCGAAUCUGCAGAAUUUGUAACAUUAAACACCCUUAGCGAAACCCCAGAUUUUGAAACCUUGGACAACGUUAGUGAAUCCACAGAAUUUGGGACUUUAGAGUCGGUCAGUGAAACAGAUAUCGAUCCACUCAUUGAACUCAUAGACAGUGACAGUGAAACCCCGGAAUAUAAAACGCAAGACACGAGUAGUGAAACCCCAGACGUAGUUAGAGAAACCUCCCAGAUUGAAACUAUAGAGUGUCAUAGCAAAGAAGUCCCAGCUAUUGUUAGUGUAACCCCAGACAUCAAUGCGCAAGACUCUUUAUGCGAAAUACCAAACACUGUUAGUGAAGCCUUAGAAUCCGUUAGACAGGCAUCAACCACUGUUAGUGAAGCCACAGUUAUUGUUAGUGAAAGCCUAGGCACUGUAAGAGAAACUGCAGCUAUUGUUAGUGAAGCCCCAAACACUGUAGGCGAGACUGUAGUUACUGUUAGUGAAGCCUCAGACAUUGUUAGUAGGACCCAAGACACCGUAAGCGAAACUGCAGCUGUUAGUGAAGCCUCAGACACUGUUAGUGAAAUUAUAGGCACCUGUAGUAAGGCCCCAGACAUUGUUAGCGAACUCGCAGAGACCGAAUCCCCUCUUCUUGUUAGUGAAACCCCAAACACUGUUAGGGACACCACAGAAACUGCCAGUGAAGCCUCGGACACUGUCAGGGAAGCCACCGAGACUACUAGUAAAGCCUCAGACACUGUUACUGAAGCUAAAAGCGCCCUUAGUGAAGCAGCUUUAAGAAUAACCCCAUACGUCGUCAGAGAAAACUUAAACACAGUAUUAGACGCCCUGGACUCUGUUCAGAAAACCUUGGGCGCUGUAGGUAAAACCUCUGACACUGUUAGAGAAUAUUCACCAGUUGCUAUUAGUGAAGCCCCAGUUACCGUUAGUGAAGCCUCACUUACCGUGAGUGAGGCUUCGACAGCUGCUUCUGUAGACACCCAAAGUGUAACCAACACAGACCCCCAACCUCCUUCCCCUGAGACCCUCGCCAGUGCUACCCAAACCCCUCCCGCUUCCCCGGAACCCUUUGUCGACGACCACACUCUCACCACCACCACUUCCACCACUACUUCCGGGUACGACCAUCGCAACGACCUCCUCCUCGCCCAGCGUGAGUCGCGACCUUCUGACGCGAACUGGAACCUCUUCAACGGAAGUGGUGCGUUGACUGGGUGUUCUCUGGUAGCCUGUGUCGUAGAGGUGCUUGCGUCCUUAGACUGUAACGUAGACUGGCUCGAGAGAGUGUGGCUUUUCUUAGACUGUAGCUCGGAUAUGUGCUACGAUACAGUGCUUUUGUCUGCCUGUAGUAACGUAGGCGUGUUGUUCAACGAGCCCUUAACCUGUAGUGUAGACGUGUGUUGGUGUGUGGUUUCCAUAGGCAGCAUUAAUCUGGAUACGACGCGAGCCAGAAGCGGCUCUUGGGUGCUGACGGGAGCCACCUGUGCCACCUGCCAGAGGGACAUUCGGUGCCGUGGUAGAACGGGGGAGGAAAAGAGAGCCAGAACGGGAAGAAAAAGUGUGUACAGAGAUAAAGGCUGAAGAAAAACAGAAGAUUAAAAGCGAGACAUAUUUUUAA